GCCACCAGCACAGCUCGGUGUCCGCGGUUCGGCCCUCGGCAUCGGGGGCGGCGGGAGAGCGGCGGGAGAGCGGCGGCCACACUCGGGGUGCUCGGGGGCUUUCCCUGCCAGUUCGCGCCGCUGCCGUCCCUCCCGGCUCCGCUGGGGAGGAGCAGCAACAGGCGCUGCUCCAGACGGGAGACCGGGGUGACUCCGCUCCGCCGAUAUCAACAAUAUGCCUGUUAUAAAGUACCCCAGGGUUAGAGACCCUCUCUUUUAUGAAUGGGACAGGAAAGCCCAGAAAUGUGGAUUAAGACACACAGUUUAUGCUGUAAAUGGGGAUCAGUAUACUGGAGAAUGGCUGGACAACUUGAAACAUGGUAAAGGCACCCAGAUUUGGAAAAGCACAGGAGCUAUUUACAGUGGUGACUGGAAGUUUGGGAAGAGGGAUGGUUAUGGCUCAUACAGCAUUCUUGACCCAGUGACCAAGGAAUACAAGAAGAUAUACACAGGCGGGUGGAAAAAUGACCAAAGAGAUGGCCAGGGGGUGCUCUUUUACCCCAACGGGGAGCACUACGAGGGCGAGUGGAGCAAUGGCUUGCGGAGCGGCUGGGGGAAGAUGCACUACAAGGACGGCUCCGUCUACGAGGGACAGUGGCUAACGGAUCAGCCCGACGGGAUAGGCGUGCUGCUGCUCCCAAAUGGAAAUCGGUAUGAAGGAGGUUGGAAAGAUGGCAAGAAACAUGGCCCAGGGAAAUACUUCUACCUAGACAAGGGACAGCUGUUAGAAGGCAUCUGGGUAGCAGAUAUACCAAAGUGUGGAGCUCUGGUUGACUUUGGCAGAGACAAUGCUCCAGCCUCUACUGAGUCUCCACUCCCAAAGGUCACUGAGAAGAGCCUCUACAAUCCAACAGCCUGGGAUGAACUGCUGGUACACUAAGGCAGGAUGUGCAAGUCUGGCUGUUUAUUUAACUCCCUGAAGACCAAGUGAUGAUCCAACUCACUUCUGCUCUAUAAGCAAAAACAAAGCAUCAACUUUCACUGCUGUUAUUGUGCUUUCAAUGAGUAGAGAUCUGUUGAUUACAGAAUAUGAAUAGAUAAAAGGAGAAAAAUUGAAUUCAGGUUUUCAAAAACUUUUGUCACCACCACCACCUUUAUUAGAACUAUAGGUGAGGCCCAAGAGACUAUAAAUCAAAGCCACUUUUGCCAAAGAGUGUGUUUUGUUAAAGUCACUCACACAGAGCUAUUUCAAGGAGAUAAACUGAUGUUCAACACACUAAUAAAAUUAGGGGAGUGUAGGGAGUGUAGUUGUUUCUAAAACAAUAAUCGAAAGGCUGCAAUAUGAGCUGAAGUCCUGAAACGUGGGAGACUCUCCAAUAAUGCUCAAGUAAUCAAGAUCUAUAAAACCUUAAGCUUCUUCAAUUACACAUACCUGAUUUGUAUUUCUUUUUAUUUAGAUUGAACUACAAGACCCAGCUGGUGUUUUAGCAGAGGCCCAGGCAAGGUUUGAUGACAGCCAUAAUGACAGAUGUUGAAGGAAAAAAGAAGUUUUAAGAACAUGA